AUGCAGCGGCUCAAGUCACUGAGCCUGUCCUCCAACAGGAUCGAGUCCCCCAUCCCCGUCAGCCUGUGGGAGCUCAACGUGCUCAAGACCCUCCAGCUUGACCACAACCAGCUCGACGACAUCCCACCUGAGAUCGAGCAGCUGUCGAGCCUGACCAAGUUGAGGGUGGACUGCAACAACCUGGAGGCUCUCCCUGAGACGCUGGGGCAGCGGACUACCCUCAAGUACCUGUCUCUGCGGCUGGAGGGCAACCGGCUGACUUGUCUGCCACCCGAAGUUCACUUCCUAACCUCCCUCACCUACCUCGACCUCUCCAACAACGCCAUCGAGGAGCUGGACGGGGAGUCGCUGGGGAGGCUCACCAACCUGACGCACCUUAGCCUGAGGAACAACCCCAAGAGCUUCAGCUUCAUCCCUGAGGAGAUCGGCAGGCUUACGUCCUUGACCUUCCUCAACCUGCAGCACUGCUCCCUCGUCGAGCUCCCCGCGGGUGUCGGGCUGCUCCUCAACCUGAAGCAGCUCAUCCUCAACAACAACAGGCUCCUCCUCCUCCCCCAGGAGAUCGGCAGCUGCACCAGCCUGACGCACCUCCGGCUGCACGAGAACCUCCUCGAGGAAGUUCCCAAGGCCAUCGGGCGCCUGACGCUGAUGCAAGACCUCCGGCUCUUCAACAACAACAUCCUCCAGCUCCCCGUCGAGCUGGGCUUCAUGAAGUACCUCCCCUCCUUCCGCAUCUCCUCCAACCAGCUCGCCUCUCUGCCCAUCGGCAUCGGAGGCCUCGAGUCGCUGACCGACCUUCUCCUCUCUGACAACUUCCUGGAGUUCCUCCCUCCGCAGAUCGGACUCCUCACCAGCAUUACCCGCCUCCGCGCCUCCUCCAACCGCCUGCAGGAGCUGCCAGCAGAGCUCGGGAACCUGAGCAGCAUGACGGAGCUCGGGGUCUCCAACAACCAGCUCACCCAGCUGCCUCCUAUCGGGCAUCUCACCGCCCUCCGAACCCUCCUCCUGGACGCGAGGUACAACAUGCUGACAUCCUUCCCGCCCUCCCUCGCGCACCUCAGCCUCCUCAAGCUCUUCCUGAACAGCAACGAGCUCCGCAGCCUCCCGGCCUGCAUCAGCUCCCUCCACUCCCUCCUCCUCUUCUCCGCAGCCAACAACACCAUCAGGGACAUCGCCGGCUCAGCCUUCCGCGGGCUGACGAGGCUGGAGGAGCUGUACCUGCAGCAGAACGAUCUGCGCGAGCUGCCCGACAUGUUCCAUGACCUGGUGGCCCUUAGGGUACUGGACGUCAGCUUCAACCAUCUCUUCUCCCUCCCCGCCAGCAUCGCCAAGGCUUCCCGCCUCUCCUACCUCUCCCUCGCUUACAACGACCUCGAGACCUCCUCCCUCGUCUUCGACGUCCUGGACAAGCUGGAGCACGUGAACCUGACCUCCAACAGGCUCUUGGGCAUACCGCACACGUUUGUCCACCUGAAGCUGCUCUCCUCCCUCCUCCUUGACGGGAACUUGUUCGAGCUGGACGCGGCGAGCAGGUCCCUGAAGACGUGGGAGACGACGCAGAGGUGGCUGAAGAUGAACCAUGCGGUGUGGGCUAAGGCGAACGCUGAGCAGCAGACAAGCUUCCUGCUGAGGAGGGAGAGGAGGGAGAAGAGGAACUGAAGAGAGGAAGGAGGAGAGAAAGGGUGAGGAUGAAAGGAAACAGAUGGGUGAAGGAGCAAGGAAGGAAGGAGCGGAGAAUGGUCGGGGGGUUGUUUUUAGGCGAGUCGUAGCGUGUAUUUUAGUCUGGAAGUUUUCUCAUUACAUCAGAAAUGUCUGUUG